AAGAAAAGCCCGAGAGCGAACAUUCCUUAAGGCUGGAAUUCGCAUUUUACCUCCGCAAGCAAGAUGAUUUUAUCGCUUGUUGAACGGCGGUGUUUGUAGGCUAAAUCUUGUGGCUCCAAUCAAUUCAAGUAUUCGCUGGUUUGGCUGAGUUGUCUGACUUUCGAGGCGCAAACUUGGCAUCAGUAACGUUAGGCUACAUUUACUAAAGGCGGCUGCGGAAGAAAGGACAAUGUCAACGGAAGAAAGAUACAAGUUGGUGGUCGUGGGCGGUGGAGGUGUUGGUAAAAGCGCCCUCACUAUUCAGUUUAUUCAGUCAUACUUCGUGUCUGACUAUGACCCAACUAUUGAAGACUCGUACACUAAAAUCUGCACAGUGGAUGGAAAGGAAACACGAUUAGACAUACUUGACACAGCAGGACAAGAAGAGUUUGGAGCAAUGAGAGAGCAGUACAUGCGCUCUGGAGAGGGUUUCUUACUGGUGUUUGCUUUAAAUGAUAGUGGGAGUUAUAAUGAAAUUCAGAAAUUUCACACUCAGAUUUUGCGGGUAAAAGAUCGAGAUGACUUUCCAAUGGUUCUUGUUGGCAACAAAUCAGAUCUUGACCAGCAAAGAGUGAUCUCAAAAGAGGAAGCGAUGGGAUUUGCCCGAGAAAACAGAAUCCAUUAUAUGGAAUCUUCAGCAAAGAAUCGCCACAAUGUGGAUGAGGCCUUCAUGGAGGUUGUGCGAGCAAUAAGGAAGUUUCAGGAGACUGAGAGUCCACCGCUCCCUAGUCAUCAUGCUGGGAAGCAAAAGAGUGGUGGCUGUCCCUGCACCCUGCUCUGACUGCCCCUUUGCACUGUUGCCUAGGAGACUGAAGCCCUCUGUCUCAUGCCUGGUGCCUUAUGUGUCUACCCAGUGUGUGUUGAGUUUUGUGGAUAUGUGUGCCUGGUUGUUUGCAUCAGUGUUUUAGUAGCUUUUACAGUGUAUGUAGUUGAAUAGUUCCUGUUUUGAAACCCAUAUCACAUUAGAGAAAACCGCCAGUCUAUUGUAUAGGGGACCUUUCGUUUUUAUGUCAUCUAUAUGUUUUUUUGUGCUUUUGUAGAAUGGAGCUGUUGGUUUUAAACUCAUAAACCGUAUUUGUUUUUAUCCAACCUUUAGUAUAAGGUCACCAAAUGAUUAAUUGCUUUUUUCUUAUUUUUUGAUCACCACAAAGAUGGGAGCAGUGAAUAGCUACAAUGUAGAUCACGUAAUUAAUCAUAUGUUUAAUCUUUUUUUUAUUGUGUUAGGAUGAAGUAUUGGUUUAUUUAGAAAGUCAGAAAGUAUUGUAUUGACUCAGACUUCUGCUGGGCAUGUGCCCUCUCUCGGGUUUCAUUUAAUUCAGUGUGACCGCGCUGAAAUGGCUGCUCUGAUGUCUGCCUUGUUUCCCCUCACGAACGAUCAGUGGCAAGAAUAGUAUUCAGCCCAAUUGUUUUCAGUAAUCUCGUCCUGAUAAAGUAAUUGGGGACAGUGUAGAGAUGAUUAUGAUGUUUUAACAAUGCUAUUUUUAAAUGAGAUUAUUUCUUUGAUGCACAAAGGUAAUAGACAAACAGUGCCGUUACAACUAGGGGUCCAGUGUUUGUGUAAUGUUUAUUCAAACAAAACCAAAGGCUAUGCUGUAGAUGUUUGCACACCAUUGUCAUUGUGAACGUUUAUCUUAUGUAGUUUAACACUAAAAUGGUUUCAUACUGGGGAUGUCGUGCUUUUAUAAUCAAAAUGAUUUAUCAGUUUAUUUGUAUGUCUUUUUAAGGUACUUUCUAUUGUUCAAAUGCAGAGGCACUCUAUCAAGAUUCACAUGCUUGUGCAUAUGAUGUGCUUUACUUGUUUUUUGCACCUGCAUUAGUAGACGGUGAUGAAAAGUGAUACAGAAAAUGCCCAAA